AUGGAAGUUUUGGACGGAAUCAUCGCUCUGUUGAUGAUUGGCCUCGCCAUCUAUUUCUACCUGAACAAGAAGCACUCAUACUGGGCCGAUCGCAAGGUUCCACACCUUAAGCCGGAAUUUUUCUUCGGAAAUGGUCGCACGAUGUCUCGAACGGAAUCGGUUGCCAAUCUGUUUCAACGUUUCUAUCGAGAGCUGAAAGGCCGCGGGCCUUUGGGUGGCAUUUAUUUGUUCACCAAACCAGUAGCGAUUGUCACCGACUUGGAACUGUUGAAGUGUAUAUUCGUGAAAGAUUUCCAGUACUUCCACGAUCGCGGAACGUACUACAAUGAAAAGCAUGACCCACUUUCGGCGCAUAUGUUCAAUCUGGAAGGAAGCAAGUGGAAAGCCCUCCGAAAUAAGCUUUCGCCGACUUUUACUUCGGGAAAAAUGAAAAUGAUGUUUCCGACGAUCGUGGCAGCUGGAAAGCAGUUUAAUGACUUUAUGGAUGAAAAUGUUAAAAAGAAUAGUGAGUUGGAAAUGAAGGAUCUGUUGGCACGAUUUACGACAGACGUCAUAGGAAUGUGUGCUUUCGGUAUCGAGUGCAACUCGAUGAAGGAUCCCGAUGCACAGUUUCGUGUGAUGGGAAGGAAAAUCUUCGAAAAACCACCAGGCAAAAUUAAUAGGUUCUUGGCAACCACUACACCAGGAUUAGCCAAGAUAUUAAGAGUAAAGAGUACAAAUCCUGAAGUUUCAAACUUUUUCAUGGCGGCUGUUCGAGAGACUAUAGAUUAUCGUGUGAAAAACAACAUUCAAAGAAAUGACUUUAUGGAUUUGUUGAUCAAGAUGAGAUCUCCAGACGAGCUUAAAAGUGAAGGUGAACUGCUUUCAUUUAAUGAAAUUGCUGCUCAGGCAUUUGUAUUUUAUAUUGCUGGAUUUGAGACCAGUUCGACACUGUUAACCUGGACACUCUACGAAUUGGCAUUGAAUCAGGAUAUUCAAGCAAAGGGUCGCCAACAUGUUCAGGAAAUACUUGGAAAACAUGGUGAACAAAUGACUUACGAGUCCGUAUCGGACAUGAAAUAUCUGGACCAAAUUCUGCACGAGGCCCUUCGGAAAUACCCUCCCGUUCCUGUACACUUCCGUGAAGCAUCAAAGGAUUACCAAGUACCGGACUCUAAAAUCGUUAUCGAAGCAGGAACACAACUGUUUGUUCCGGUCUUUGGAAUCCAUCGUGAUCCGGAAGUUUUCCCGGAUCCGGAACGGUACGAUCCGGACCGUUUCAGCCCGGAAGAGGUACAGAAACGUCACCCGUACGCGUGGACACCUUUCGGCGAGGGUCCCCGUAUUUGUGUUGGUCUCCGGUUCGGUAUGAUGCAAGCCCGAAUCGGGUUGGCUUACUUGUUGAAAAAUUUCCGCUUUACUAUCGGUGAAAAAUGUAGCGUUCCGUUGGAGUUUGCCGUUAAAAGUGUUGUUCUAGCUCCGAAGGGUGGCUUGUGGUUGAAAGUGGAAAAAAUAUGA